AUGGGAGUGUCUGAACAGGGCUGCUCAGACAGGUCGAUGAUGGAACCCGAGCGCCCUUGCUCGGGUAGCGGUGAAGAUGAGGAUAUACCCCGGAGGAAGCAGAGGCGCUACAGGACUACGUUCACGAGCUACCAGCUGGACGAGCUGGAGAAGGCGUUCGGCAGGACCCACUACCCUGACGUGUUCUCAAGAGAAGAGCUUGCGCUGAAAAUCGGAUUAACUGAAGCAAGGAUUCAGGUGUGGUUCCAAAACCGGCGCGCGAAAUGGCGGAAGCAAGAAAAGGUGGGUCCCCACGCGCACCCCUACAGCGGAUACCUGAGCGGUGCGCAGCCGCUGCCGACGUCCGCCACGCUGCCCGCCCCGCCACACCCUCUGUCUCAGCUCGGCUUCGGUUUGAGAAAGCCGUUCGACAACGCGCUGGCCUUUAGGUACGCUAGCAGCCCACUGUUUGGCGCGCAAUAUCUCCCGCCGUUGUCGCGUCCUCCGCUUUUCGGCGCACCGCUAUACGCCACCUCGCCCGCUCACUUCCACUCGCUGUUCGCGAACCUAGCUGUACCCGAACCGCCUCGUCUGUCGCCGGAACAUUCCCGAACGUCCCCCGAGGCGGCUCGAUCGCCGGCGCCCUCCAUCUCGCCCCCGAUAUCGCCCGGGUGCGAACAGCUGCCGCCACACGCGGCAAUGGACGACGUGAGGAGCUCUAGCAUCGCCGCAUUAAGAAUGGCGGCUAGAGAGCACGAGAUUAGAUUGGAGUUGUUGCGUCAGAGAGCGGAUCUGAUGUGU